AUGGCUUUAGGAUCGCACUGCUCACUUGUUCUCCCGUUCUUCUGCAUCUUCGUUUGCUACGCUGCUGUUGCUCAUGGUGUGAGGAAGCAGCUCCCAUAUGCACUGGUGGUUGGAACCGUCUACUGCGAUACUUGCUUUCACCGAGAACUGUCGAAGCCCACCCAUUUCAUCUCAGUCGAGUGCGGAGAUGGUGCGAACAAGUUCAGCUACAGGACGGUGGCGACGACCAACCAGCGGGGAGUGUUUCGAGUCCCGCUGCCACCGAGGAUAAGCAAGCACCUCCACCUGAUCCAAGCUUGCUCGGUAAAGCUGAUGAAGAGCGAAGAGCCAUUCUGCGCGGUAGCGUCCUCUGCGACGACCGCCGGCCUCCGCCUCAAGUCGUGGAGCCACGGCGUUCACGUCUAUUCCGCUGGCUUCUUCAAAUUCAAGCCCCUCGACCAGCCGGAGCUGUGCCACCGGAAGCCGGCGCUCCGAGAUCGGAAGAUAGACCAACCUGCUCUCUCCUUUCCACUUCCGACCAUCAACUUACCAUCGUCGCCGCCUGGUGCCGGCGGUGUUCCGCUGCCAACGAACCCAUUGUUUCAGCCGCCAUCCCUGCUGCCGCCGAACCCACUUCAAACGCCACCGACAGUCCUGCCGCAGUUCCCUCUCCAGCCACCGUCGCCAUCGUUCAGCUAUCCUCCACUUCCAUUUCUCACACCACCGCCACCGCCAGCUUUGCCCUUCCCUGCGACCCCAUUCCUUCCAUUACCCCGGUUCCCUGGACUCCCACUCGCCUUCUCUUCAAAGAAGGCCUCCCCAUGA